AUUUGUACAAUGAUGAUAUUCCAUGAGCUUUAUUGAGCUUUUACUUGUUCAUUGUAAUCAGUUUAUCCUCAUUAAUCUUUGUUAAUUUUUGUGCUGACAAUCUUAUAAAAAUUGUGCAUAAAUUAUUGUCACUGUGUUGAUGAGUUCAAUAGUGUGAUAUAAUGAGUGAUAAAUUAUUAAUAAUUGAUGAGAACAAAAGUUAUUAAUAUAGUUUAUGAAUUGUAAUUAUGUAUGACAUUUUGAGGUUUAAAUUAAACUAUAAUUACGUUUAGUGGAUUUAUUUAUAUUUUAUAUUUUACUUUCUAAAACGGUUAUUCCAGUUGAACUACGGUUGAACUGAUUAAAUUAAUAAACCAGUGAACCAGUAAUUAAAAUGGUUCGAUGACCGAUCCGGUGUUUAGAACCUUGGUUAAAAGGCAAAAUUAUUUAUUUUCUUCGUAUAAAAUUUACAUUUCAAGGCUCAAAUUUUCCUAGCAUAUGGCUAAGAUAUUUGAAUUUAGGAGCGUAUGAAAGUAAUUCGAAAAUUGAUAUUAGGGUGCAUCAGUAUUCAGUAGUAAUGUAAAGAGAAGUUAGUUAUAGGAUAUCUAUCCCUUUCAGGAGCUGCUUUGAGUGUAUAUUCUUAGAAGUAAUUAUUUUUUGUGAAACUUUAUCCAAAUUGAUGCGUUAAACUUGAAUUUUUGCGUUACAGUGCGAAAUUUUGUUUGUACAUGUAUGUAACUGAAGUACCUUGUAGCUCUUUGAAUUCCGGUGGAGCGAGGGAAUUGUACCUGGCUACGCGCAGCAUAUUGCUACAGUUCAAGUUCCUUGUUCCCUCAGUUCUUGAUGUUCAUAGACCUUUUAGGUCAAACUUCAACCAUUUGCUUAUUCAUAAAAACCGGAUCUUCUCAGCACAGGUUUUGGUUGCAGUGCCACACCACAACACCAUCCCCUAUAAGGUGGUGAGCCAGCUUCUUGCCUCUUUGCCAAAUCCACAAUAAGAGCUUUGCAACUCUGAAACCUUUUUGUCGGUUCCAAUGGAGCAAGCUGAAUUGGAUACCUCAAAACUACCGAGUUUUCCUCCUUACCGCCGAUCACACUUACGCAGCGAAACAUACCUCACUCUUACUCGAAUUUUCUCUCAUCUUCCUGCCACACCUGAUAAUGGCAACGGUAGAAAGAAGCCAGAAAAAAAGGAAAAGGGACCCGGGUUCCCUGAAUCUGUUGGUUCUGAUUUUAUACAUCCCAAGAAUGCUGUCCUGAUCAAAAGCAUACAGGAGUUUGACGAGACUGUUGAAGGGACUGGAAACAAGGGCAGGGUGUGUGUUGUCAAUGAUAUUGUUUUGGGUGAUAUAGAGGAGAUGAUGGGAAUAGAGGAAGUUGAGGAUACUUCGAGGACUCUGCUGCAGGACAGGUGUAACGAUGCAGAUAAAGAGCAACAAAGGAUAAUGGAUGAGUUGGAACUGGUUGUGAAUGGAACCCAAAAUAUCAUUUGUGAUAGUGGUUUAAUCUCUUUGAGUGCAGUGUCAGGUGAGGAACAGAAUGGCAGCAAUGCAGCUGAGAUGCAAGUACAAGGCUCAACGGAUUCUCUUCCAAAUUCUAAAGAAGCUGAAGUUGAGAAGGUAGAGCUGGAUUAUGAAGAUGAAAGGCUGCUGGAUUAUGAUAAUUUGGAAGAUAAAUGUAAAAUGAAAAAUGAAAGAAAUUUAGAAAAGUCAACUUGUGUAAACAAUGCAUCAAUUUCUUCAAAUAUUCAGAUUGAAAAUGAGGACAUAGAAGAGGGAGAGCUUGUUGGAGACCUUGGAGUGGAUUGUAAUUCAUUUGACAUGCCUACUGCAGAUUCCUUUAUUCCUCAAACAAACAUUGAUGAGGUUCAGAACCCCGAAAGUAUUAAUAUGGGGAAUACAGAAAAAGAAGGUUUAGGCAAAGAAAUAGGUAGUAAACUGGUUACUGACGUGCCAAUAAAUUAUGUUCAAAAUCCAGUCUUGCACAAAUCCAUAUUGGAAGAGGACUCUGACCAAGAUCAUGGAAACCCUGCUGCAUCAGAGAUGGUUGAUGUCAGCUGUAAAAAAAAGCGUGGCCCUGGUUCUGUUGAAAAGAAAGCGAAAAAGAAGAGAAAAGAGCGGAAAAAACGGGCAAAAAAGAACAAACAACUUGGUGUUAAAAGGUUGAAGUUGUCUCUAGUACAACAGAAACCAAAAACCAUCUCUUAUUGUCGCCAUUUUCUUGUUGGAAGAUGCUAUGAGGGUGACAAGUGCCAUUUUUCACAUGAUACGGUGCCUUCUACUAAAUCAAAGUCAUGCUCCUUUUUCGCUCGUCACUCCUGCAUGAAAGGGGAUGACUGCCCUUUUGAUCAUCAACUCUCCAAGUAUCCUUGUGUUAGCUCAGUGUCUGGAGGUUUUUGUGUCAGAGGUGAUGCAUGCUUGUUUUCGCACCGGUCACCAGCCAAAGAAAAUUUUGCUAUGCCUUCAAGGAUUCACAAACUAGGAAUGAAAUCUCCACACUUUUCAGGAAACACAAAUUCCAACAUGCCUCCUACAAAACCAUUUAAUCAAUCCUUCAAGAGUUCAUUCUGACAUCAAUUCGGAACAUAAAGCAACACAGUACAGAAACAGCUUAAGCUUGCAUCUAAAGGAGUUAGCUUUGUUGAUGUUGCAAAGCUAUCGUUGCCUUCAACUACUACGCCAAAGGAAGGCACGACCAACGACCAAAGUUGGCUCAUCCUCUUCUGACCAAAGUACAUCUGGAACAAAUCAAACCUUGGUGGAAAUUCCAAAGAAAUUGCCAGCUAGGAUUCCAAUGGAAAUUAACUUUCUUGCUUUUGGGAAAGAUCCUGUGUGCAGUUAAGUUUCAGUUUGUUUGAUCAUACUAGUUCAACCUUAAAAGAUGUAACAAAAGGAAGGGUACCACAGACUGAUUUAGUCUCCAGUGAGAUUUUUGGUCAGGAAGUAUAAAAUUGAGUUUUCCAGGAAAGCUUCAAUGAUUGAUGCUUCAACUGGUUUACAAGGUAGCUCUCAUGUGGAUACAACGAAAGUAAACACCAGUCCAAGAGGCAAGAGGGGAAUUUGAUUCUUGUCAAAUUCCCACUGUAAUACCAUCGCCAUUUAUGCGUCUGGUUUCUCCUUCAUCUUCAGAACAGCUACCAUCUUGAAAGGAGAUCUUGUGAACUGUAUUGUCAUUUGCAGCAGCGCAUGAAUCAGGUAUCAAGAUGAAAGAUUCUGCUGGCACUUCAACCUGCAUAAUUGGGUGAGAACUGAGAGUAAGGAAUACAAUAAUAGCAGUUCAAGGUUGUUAGCUCCUUUCAUUAAGUGUAUUUAGGAUAUUAUAGAAUCAGUUAAUGAUUUUUUUUUGGUGUCUAAAUAUGGAAAGAAACAAAGAAGCUAUAUUUGUUGGAGUUACUCUUGGCACCAUAUCUAGCCAUCCAAUCCACAGCUCUAUUUGCUUCUCGGGAUACCCACUCAACGUGAACAAGUCAAGGACGAGAUAAAAGCUCUUGAAUCUUGUGAACCAAAUCUGUUAGUUCAGAUGUAUACCCACUUGUAAGCUCAUGCAUGAUUGGCAGAAUGUCAAGGCAAUCCGUUUCACAUAUAAUAUCCUUCAAACCGCAAUCCCAAGCUAAAACCAGCCCCUUCCAAGCAGCAAAUAAUUUACAUCUGAUGAUAGACUAGGGGGGAAUGCUUCCAGAGCAGUCCGAGAUCCAAUCUCUCUUAGAAUCUCUAAUAAUACGCCCAAUUUUCGCUAAAUUUGAGUCCAGAUACAAGCUUGCAUCACAAUUAACUUAAAACUAUUGCCUAUCGGUAGUUCCCAACACAGGCAAUUUCGGAGAGACCUAAAGGUAUUGUUUCGUUUUCUGUAAACCUGUAAGUCUUUUGGCGGUGAUUCUAGCCAAGGUAACAACCUUGUGGUUUGUCCAAAAGUUGUCCGUAUUGAAUAAUCCGUUAAUGAUAUGAUAAUUAAUUGUAUAUAUAAUGUAAUUUAUAUGCAUAUAUUUCAUCAUGCUUGUAUAAACUAAUCUUCUUCAUGUAGUCUAGACUUUUCGUGUUUUUCUUUCUUCUCACAUGGCAUCGAGAGUCAAAAGCAAAAUUUAUCACUUUGUGGCAGUAGAGUGGAGUUGACCAAGGGUUAGAAAUGGAUUGGAUUUAGGAAUAAAAUUAGAAUUAGAAGAAGGGUUUUAAAAAAUUUUGGUAGUUUUUUUUGUUAGGAUUGUAUGGAUUUGAUUUAUGAAGAAAGGUGCGUUGCACAUACACU